AUGGGAACAGUCGCGGCGGCCCGGCUGGUGCGCGACUCUCCUUCCUCCCUCGGUCUCCACAGCUCCAGGGGCGGAUGGGGUGGGCUGAGCCGGGGCUGCCACAGCCUCCGCCACUACCUCCGCCACCGGGGAAGACCAGAGCGGAGCAGCGUACGGGUACCGGGAGAGAGAGAGGGGCUGCAGGGCGGCCGGUCCCUGUCUAGGACCAAGGGGCGCGGCGAUGUGAGCUAUGAGCGCGGCGUGGACACUGUCACCGGAGCCGCUGCCGCCAUCGACGGGGCCCCCCGUGGGCGCGGGGCUGGACGUCGAGCAACGCACGGUGUUCGCCUUCGUGCUCUGCCUGCUCGUGGUGUUGGUUCUGUUGAUGGUGCGCUGUGUGCGAAUACUGCUAGACCCCUACAGCCGCAUGCCCGCCUCGUCCUGGACCGACCACAAGGAGGCGCUCGAACGCGGGCAGUUCGACUAUGCGUUGGUGUGAGAGGGCACCGAGUCCCGGGCCGGUCCCCCGAGGGUCAGCCUGGUGGAGGGGUGCGACCAGCCUGGACUGCGCUCAGGAUUAUGGCCCAGAUAUCCUAGCUCAGAGUUAAGAGCGUUCAGAGAAGUCCAGUUCUUGCCCCCAUUUAACCACCCAUCUUCCUUCCUGGCCAGGCCAGAACCCCACCUGGUGCCUUUAUCUGCCCUGUCCCCGUCUCUCUGCACACUCAUCACUGCUGAUCCCUCAACGCUAAAUCCCUAGUGAGCAAAGCAUCCCGCACCAACCUCAGCUUUCCCCGGCUACCAGGCAUGAGUGUUACAUCCUUUCCUGGGAGUGCGGACUCCUCUAUCCCCUAUUUCUUUCCCCUUGUUAUGGUCGACAUUGCCAAUUUCAACACACUCCUUGAGUUCUUCUGUCCCUGACAGGCAGGCUCUCUUCGGCUCACAAUGGACGCUGCCUACCUAUAACGCACGGUACAGCCUGCCCCAGAGACAGACCCCCGAAACCCCACCAUGGCGGCUGCUUGUGUCGAGAAUGCCUGGCACUUUAUGUGCCAAGCAGGCUCAUCCCCUUCCCAGACCCGGCCCCAGCACAGGUUAGAGUGCCUUUCCUUUGCCCCACCUCCCCCAUCCCCC